AUGGUGGAAAUGCCACCAACCACGACCCACGCGGUGGCGUUUACUUGCGCAUCCAAGGCAUCGCAACGGCAAAUGCUGCGACGCGAGCGCAGCAACGGACGCACAACGUCAACAGACGAGUCCGUGAAUGAAUCCACGAACCCAUUCGAUUGCAUCAAGCAAAUCCUGCCUGCUGCUCUCGACCCGUACGAACAGAAGCGCGUAUUUGCGUCGCGAAUGGCGCGAACAGCUCAGCGGAAUCGAUCGCAUCAUCGCGAUGAGAGGCGGCCGUACGGGGUCCAGUGCGUCGACAACAAUGUUCCCCUGGCCAUCUACGACGUCGACCACGGCGACAAAACGACUUUGUCUACAGCAGUUGAGACGUCCACCGUAGCGUAUUCGGCUGCAUUCAAGUCCAGGACGAAUCGGUUCGCAAGCACACCAGCGUACAAGCUCGGAUCGUUUGCCAGUGUCGUCAAGGAGCCGUAUGCCAACCCUGAAGACAUGGGUCCUGGCACAUAUCGUCUGCGCAUGCACACGCUUCGAAUCAAAGACAUCCAAGGCGAGAACUAUACGUAUGCCAGCCACACGGCGCGAUUUGACACACCCCGCUUGUACAUGGAGUCGUCGCCGAUCAAGAAAUCCGAGGCCUCUACCCUCGGGAAACCCGCCGGAUGCGCUGCGACCAUGUCGCAGACGCCGCGAUUCCGCUCAGACACGGCCUUUCCAGAGAACUAUGCGUCGUCAAAAACCCAGCGCAUAUUUUAUCCGCCCGACGUCGUCUACGAGAAACCAUCCAUCUUGCGGAACACCAUUCAAGAAUCGGUGGCGACGUCCACUAUUAAGUAUGGUGCCAUGUCGUCCAAUGCAGACCGGUUGAUGUCGACUGCCGCCAUGGUACACAACAUUCCAGGGGCUCCGAAACUCCAUGCUGCGACGACAGAAGCCCUCGGACCUGGCUCAUACAAGAACUCGACACAAUUCGCGCGCAAGGAAGCGACCAAAUUGAACGGGUUCACGUCACUCUUGCCGUCCGAGCAUACGAAGGACCGCUUCGGUAUGAAGCUCAACAAGAACACAGGCUUUGUUGAGGCCAGGUUAAACGUGGCCAAAACCGCCACGGCAUCCAGUGCAAAAGUUGCAGGAAAAGGCGGCGGCGUGGACGCGAUCUUCGGGAUGGACUUGGCGGAAGCAGGCGGGGAUGGAAUUGAUUUUGACUACCUCAUGGCGCUGAUUCGCAAUGCUACUGGACCGUACGACAAGGACAGCCACGUUGACCCAGAGACACCGUUGCCGCCACAACCCCAAGCCCCGAUGGGGAUUUCGCUUGACCCUCGGUUUGAUUGUGAAGAUGACGACGACGACGACAACUAUGACGAGAGCGAUUCAUGCGAAGAAGGCGAGAUCGAUUUCCACCCAAGCGACGGAAUGCAAGGGCAGAUGCCCAUUUGGGCGCUUUCCGAUUGUCCUGACACGCCACAUCUAUCUCUGCGCGAGGCAAAUCGUGAAGACGGAAGCGUCGAUGUAACCCCGGCCAUCAACAUCACACAAGCACCGUUCUUUCUCCACCCGCUCUCCCCCGAUUGUUUGUCUCCUCAAACCCAGUUUAACCGCAUUCUUGGCCCUGGAGCUCCCGUCAGCUCUUUUGAGCCGCGUCCUCCUGCACGUCGGCGGCAUUCUUUCACUGCAAAGAGCCGGCCAGUUCCCGCGCUGCCGCUUGUGCGUCGCAUAGGCCAUCACGUCCCACCGACGAGCAACAACGUUCAUGCUGCGAUCUUCUCCGACGAAUCAGACGACGAAAACGAUAUGCACAACACGACUCUGUCGUCUAUUUCAUCCGACCUGAACUUUCACGACCUCGACGGUGACGGCCAUACUGACCAGAUCGAGGACGAACCCCCGUCCAGUGGCCAACAAACGACGAUCCCUCAGCUCCUCUUACCACACCUGGUAGCCCUGGGCUUUGAUGCGUCGAUCACGCUGUCCGCACUGCAAACCAGUUACGGGCACUACCAAACGCAGAGUCGGGACAACAACCGAUCGGAUGGCGAGAACCUGGAUGAGCACGUGCUUCUCUUUGCCGAGUUGGUCAAAUGCGUCGUGGACCGGCACCAUGGGACCGCACCCGUCGACAAUCAAGGGGUGGCCGAGCCCGAGUCUCGCGCGUCGCUUCCGACCACCCACACCACGCUUCACAAGCUCCAACACAUCAUGCAACCCAUCCAGCCGGACACUACGUUUCCGUGGCCAGUAUUUGACAUGGCGCAGUACGAAUUUGGAACGUCCCGCCCAGGGACGAGCUUUGGAUGCGUUGUGGUUGUAGUAAACCUUCCAAAGGUCGACAAGGACAUGGUUGUCGACGCCAUCCACCAGUUGCUGCUCGUUCAUUUGUUUGCGAUGGUGUCGAUCCCGCUGCAAGUGAUUUUGCCACUCGGGCCGAACGGAAUGACCAUGAAAGGGCAUGGAUUCGUCGAGUUUCAGAACCGCCAACAAGCCACGCUGGCCGCGAGGACGCUGGACGGCUUCCGAUGGAGUCUCACGGAGCCACCAAUUCGAUCGAUGCUGUUUCGAGAGUACCAUGGAAGCACAAGCAAUGUCAAGGACGGCCAGGAUGACACGAACGACAUGACGUUGCACGCAAUGGACUUGAUCAGCGAAGCCGACGACGAUGGCGACGAUGGCGCUGGCCCUGACAACCAGCAUCAUCACACGCACCAUUUGACCCAGCGAAACGAACAACUCGAGUACUUGAUCCACUACGUCGAGCAAGACCGCGACGCGAUUCUGCUCGAGAACGAAGACCUCAAGUGCAUGUUGGACAAGUAUCGCAUGCGGGAACACGAGCAGGAAGAGGCGCUGCACAGUUUAACUGGGCUGCGGAAGCGCAUUCAAGUCAACGAACUCAAAUAUCGCGAGCAUGUCAGGCGGAUGCGUGAAAAUGAACGCGUGAUCGAGUCGCUGCAGCGCCGCAUGAAUGAACUCACGGGCAAUACACAGGCACUGCACGCCCUCAGCGUGCCGGAACUGCGCGACUUGGAGGAUGCCCUCGACACGGCUCUGUACAAGGCACGGGCCGUCAAGGAACAAAAGAUCGUUGAGCAGCGCCAGGCGCUAGACAGACAGGUCGAAGUGCAGCAGGAACUCAAGCUGUGUGUGAUAUGCCUCGCCGCCGAGAAAACGAUCCUGUGCUUGCCUUGCCGCCACGUGUGUAUGUGCGAGCCAUGCUCCACCCACUCGGAAGUGACGCGGUGCCCGAUCUGCCGCCUCGAUAUUGCCGAGCGCAUGGUGAUUUUUGCCUAACGUCGAUACCCGAAGCAUCCUGCCCACCCGUCCACCUCUCGAGCAUCGACAUUCAAAAAGGUAUAUAAAUUACACCGACCACUGGCGUUGUCGACGCGUGCAAGUCUUCCGUCGAAGAAGGUGCUCUCGACAGCGCCACGCGAUCGACUUGACAGGACGUGGUCUACACAAUGCGUUGGUUGGGCAUGGCAGCGCACUUCCGACGGUGCGCGGCCAUCUCUCGGAGCGUCUUAAAAGCAAAAACGGCUAAUUUUCCACACGUG